AUGAUUCAGCGAAUCGUUUCCACUGCCACUUUGGCGCUUGCUUUCAUUGGUGAAGUUUCCGCGACGAACAAGUAUACGUUGGUCGAUGAUUAUGCAGGAACCAAUUUUUUUGAUAUGUUCGAUUUUUAUACGGGAGCCGACCCAACAACCGGAUUCGUUUCAUAUACCUCUAAAGAAGUAGCCGGAAAUGCCAACAGCGAGCUUGGUGUAGCCUUGACAAAGGUCGAGAAUGGACAAGCUUAUAUGGGUGUCGACUACGUUAAUGUGGUCACCACUGGCCGGCCCAGUGUUAGGAUACAAAGUAAAGAGACCUAUACUCAUGGCUUGAUUAUUGCCGACCUUGCGCAUAUGCCGGCUAGUGUUUGUGGUACCUGGCCAGCAUUCUGGACAGUCAAUACUACUAAUUACCCACAAUACGGAGAGAUAGGUAUUCUUGAAAAUUUCAACGAGAGGACUGUCAGCUUGCAAACACUUCAUACCGAAGAAGGAUGCUAUAUUUCCGGUAACCAAUAUUCAACUCAAUUAAAAGAUAACGUCACAACAUACAACUGUGAUGAUUCUGCUACGUCAAGCAUAUUUGGGGCCCAAGAUGCUUGCUCUGCAUGCUCUGGUACCAACUCCGACCCGAAUUCAUACGGAACGACAUUCAACAACAACGGGGGUGGUGUAUAUGCUAUGCAAUGGACUAGUGAUGUCAUCAGAAUGUGGAACUUUGGACCUGAUGCGAUUCCAGCCGAUAUAACUGCUGGUACACCAGAUCCAUCCACCUGGGAUCUUCCUGCCUUUACUACUGAAGGAGGCGUUUGCAACAUUGAUGGAUUGUUCGCUAACCACAAGAUUAUUUUCGAUACAACAUUUUGUGGAGUAUAUGCUGGAAAAACUGGAUUCUGGCAAGAGACAACUUGUUAUGACGCAGAAAAAUAUCCUACUUGUGAUAGCUAUGUUGGAGCAAACCCAGAAGCAUACAAGGAAGCUUAUUGGCUCAUCAACAGUGUUAAAGUUUACCAAAAUGAUACCUUGGCCGCUACUAGCGCUGCUGCCUCGACUGCUCGAGCCGAAUCUCUUUUGGGUGUCGCCACAUCCGAAGCCGCAUCGAUCGUCUCCGUUGUCGCCUCUAGUUCAUUAUCCUCUGCAGCAUGUGUCUCCACGGGUGCCCUCCUUUCUGGCCAAACCGCUUGCCCGGAAUCUCCUGUAAAGGCAUCUUCUACCGCAAGCAUCAUUGCUUCAUAUUGCCUCGGUAUCUCCUGUUCAGAGUUCCUCCGCUGCUACCAUUUUAACCUUCAGCAUCUUCUAUUGAGCAAAUCCUCAGUCGACGGCGUUCUUACCACUACUUCAGUUCCAUACCCCAACAACCACCUCUACAUUUACGGAACAAAUACACGCACUGACGAGCUUGGAUCUGUUGUAACCGAAACUGUUAUUCUUUCGACUACUAUUUGCCCAAUCACUGCUGCCGAAGGAGAAGCCACCCCUUCACCAUCCAACGCAAAUGUCGAUUCGACCACAACCAUUCAAAGUACUAUCACAAGUGUUAAAUCCGCCGCUACAAUCUACAGCACUGUUACACUUCCAGGUGAAGUUUCCUCUGCUAUUAUUGUAGCCUCUAGCGAAAUUGCACAAAUAACUGUCCCAGCUGCUCAACCUUCAUCUACCGAGAUCGCUGUGGCCAGCAGUCCUAUUAUUAGUUCGACUUCCGUUUCGGGAGUUGCCUUUAGCAGUCCGAUUGUAGAAAACACCAGCAGUGCUGUUGUUGUUCUCCAAACAGCUACCGUCAUCCCAGAAGCUUACACAACUCAAGUAUCUGAGGCCGCAUAUGCUUGGAGCACUGUCACUACCGAGGGAACCAGCACUGUCGUUCCUGUUGGUUCAAGCCCAAGUAUUCCAGCAUCUGCUGAGAGUGAUAGUUCUGUACCAACUGCUUCAGCUGGAGCUAGCUCGGGUGAGACCACCAGCGUAUCCUCCCCAGCAUGCGUACCCGCUGGUGGUGCUCUUUUAUCUGGUCAAACAGCUUGCCCAGAGACACCCGCCGCCUCCACUAGUGCUCUCUCAGGUGAGAUCACCAGCAUUGUUUCUUCGGUCGCUAUCCCUACCCCAGCCAUAUCUUCUGCAGCAUGUGUCGCUUCCGGAGCUCUUCUUUCCGGUGAAACAGCUUGCCCAGAAACUCCAGUCAAGGCUGUAAGCUCGAGCGUGGCCACUUCAACUCAACCAUCCACUACAUCAGUAAACAACACUCCAAUUCCAAGUGACGCCUCGGUAGUCCUCUCCACCGCAACCGUGGUCCCCAUGCAAUCUGCCCCUGCUCCAGCCGCCACAUCUGCCGAAGGCAUCGCCGUCCCUCAAUCAUCCAGCGUAGUCGCCCAAGCUGGAACCACCAGCCCAAUAAUCUUUACCCCAACCUACGCAACCACCUCCUUCAUCACAAAACCUACAUCUGCAUCCGCCAACGCUAACUCUACCCAAACCAUUACCUCAAGUAGCGUAUCGAUAACCGGUACUGGUAUCCUUAUCGACACCUCUACACUUGGAAGUACCGAAACUUUCAUAUUCGCCAUGCCAAGCGCCUAUAGCGCGACUGGAACAAGCGAUGCUAGUGCUGUCACUGCUUAUCCUUAUUUGGACUCUGGAGUCUCAAAGGUCAGUGUUCGAGGAAGUAUUAUGGCUGCUAUGGGGGUCAUGGCUUUGUUAUUGGUGGUUUAG